CCUCAAUCCAAUCCCUCAAUCCAAUCCCUCAAUCCAAUCCCUCAAUCCCUCAGUUCUUGUCCAGUAUAUCCCGAAAUGUCGCGCUUCGAGACUCUCUGCUUGCACGCUGGCCAGGAGGUGGACCCUUACACCAAGUCCCGAGCUGUCCCCAUCUACGCCACCACGUCGUUCGUCUUUGACGACUCGGCCCAUGGCGCUCGUCUCUUCGGACUCAAGGAGUUCGGUAACAUCUACAGCCGUAUCAUGAACCCUACGGUCGAUGUCUUUGAGAAGCGCAUUGCCGCGUUGGAGGGAGGUAUCGCCGCCGUGGCCUGCUCGUCUGGCCAGAGCGCACAGUUCAUGGCCAUUGCCGCCCUGGCCCACGCCGGCGACAACAUCGUCUCGACCUCGUACCUCUACGGCGGAACCUACAACCAGUUCAAAGUCAUGUUCCCGCGAUUCGGCAUCAACACCAAGUUCGUGAACGGCGACAAGCCCGAGGACAUCGCCGCCGCCAUCGACGACAGGACCAAGGCCGUCUACAUCGAGAGCAUCGGAAACCCCCGGUACAACGUCCCAGACUUCGAGGCCAUCGCAAAGGUCUGCGAGGAGAAGGGUGUGCCGCUGGUUGUCGACAACACCUUCGGUGCUGGAGGCUUCCUAGUGCGGCCCAUUGAGCACGGUGCGCACAUCGUCGUCAACUCCGCCACGAAGUGGAUCGGUGGCCACGGCACCACCAUCGCCGGAGUGAUCGUGGACUCGGGCAAGUUCGAUUGGGGCAAGCACGCCGCGCGGUUCCCACAGUUCAACGAGCCGUCGGAGGGCUAUCACGGCCUCAAGUUCUUCGAGACGUUCGGGUCGAUCACGUUCGCGAUCCGGGUGCGCGUCGAGAUCCUGCGCGACCUCGGUGCCUGCCUCAAUCCUUUCGGCGCCUUCCAGCUGAUCCAAGGCCUCGAAACCCUCUCCCUCCGCGUCGAGCGCCACGUCAGCAACUGCCUCACCCUCGCCCGCUGGCUCGAGAAGCACGAGAAGGUCGCGUGGGUCUCAUACCCCGGCCUCGAGAGUCAUCCCUCCCACACCAUGGCGAAGAAGUACCUCAAGCGCGGCUUUGGCGGUGUCCUCUCGUUCGGUGUUCGCGGCGGCGAGAAGGCCGGCGUCACCGUCGUCGACAACCUGAAGCUCGCAUCCAACCUGGCCAACGUCGGAGACGCCAAGACACUCGUCAUCCACCCCGCGUCGACCACGCACGAGCAGCUGAGCGACGAGGAGCAGCUCGCCUCGGGCGUCACCAAGGACCUGAUCCGUGUGUCGGUCGGAAUCGAGCACAUCGACGACAUCAUUGAGGACUUUGUCGACGCGCUGGCGACCAUCACUGUCAACGCCCCGGCUGACGAGGGUGCAAAGGACGUUACUGGCGAUAUUGCUGCUGGUGUGGCGAAGUUGGAUGUGUAAAUUACAUAUGGAUAGGUACUCGUGAGAUUGGUGUUUUUUUUACUUUUAUGGGCUGGGCUGGGGUUAUUUCAUUUUUUCUUCUUCUUUGCUAGCUUGGGAUGGGAUGGGAUGGGAUGGGAUGCGGAAAAUAUCAUUGGAGUUGGAGUUGUGUGAGGACGUUGCUGAGCAGGGUGGUUCGCUGUGGUGAUUCGUGAUAUCUACUCG